AUGCUGAUCACAGAAUCUUCGGAACACUCCUCAGAGAUGCUACAUCAUCUAGACGAAGAAGGAGGUGGUUAUGGCCUGGUCAUCAACACCUUAAGAACAACAAAAAUUUCUGAAGACUAUCCUCAAUUGUUGGAUAUUUUCACAUCCAUGGAUCUGCAGCCAGGACAUCACUACCGUUUGGUUAUUAAAUUCAAAACCAAUAUCAAUAAUCCACGCUUCGCUGGCGUAUUCGUAGCACCUUAUCAUACAAAACAGCCACACAUCUACAACCUCAGGAGGCUCGCAGUCUGUUUCCCGUGUAUUGACAGCCCUGAGGCGAAAGCACGUUUUGACGCUACUGUGAUCCAUCCUGAAGGCACCUACGCGCUGUUCAAUAUGAAAGAGACGAACAUCACCACCAGCAAUGGAUGGACGACGACGAAAUUCCUCCGUUCACCAAUAAUGUCGACAUAUCUGUUCUCCAUGAUUGUCGGCACGAUGCCUUACCAGGAGACGUACACGGAAAAGGGAGUACGGGUUCGCAUUUAUGCCGAAGAAGGGAAAUUGAACGACACUAGCAUGGCUUUAGACCUCGUCCCAAGACUGCUGGCGUUUUUCGAAGAUUAUUUCCAGUUACCGUACCCACUGAUGAAAUUGGGUUAG